GAGAUAGGAAAGGAAGUGUUGUAGCUCCUCUCAUAUGCAGUUAGAGAAUCUGAACAGCUCUUAUCAUGGUGCUGAUCAAAUACUUCUGGGUCACGUCAAGAUUUAGGAAACUUCCUUAGACAAUUCGACCUCAACCCCGGUCUAACCCUCACAGGAAGUAGCAGCUCAGUUUACCAGAGCAGUCACUAAACAUGUGUGAGGAGCAGACUGUGUCUCUGGUGGAUGUUGUGGAGGAAGACGAAGAGCUGGAGGAAGAAGCUUCAGCUGUUUUGGCAGGAAGUGACUCAGAUCACUGCUCGUACCCUCAGGGCUAUGUGAAGCGUCAGGCCCUCUACGCCUGUAACACUUGUACACCGAAGGGCGGAGAAGCAGCAGGAGUGUGUUUGGCCUGUUCAUAUAAAUGUCAUGAAGGUCACGACCUUUUCGAACUCUACACUAAGAGGAACUUUCGUUGUGACUGUGGGAACAGGAAGUUCACAGAACUGCAGUGUAAACUGAACCCUGAUAAAGACGAGCUCAACAGUCUGAAUAAAUACUCUCAUAACUUCUUUGGAGUUUACUGCACCUGCAGUCGACCGUAUCCCGACCCUGACGACCAGGUGGAGGACGAGAUGAUUCAGUGUGUGGUGUGUGAGGAUUGGCUGCACGGCAGGCACCUGGGCUGUGUGGUUCCAGACGGUGUCGAGCUGCAGGAGAUGAUUUGUGAGUCGUGUAUGAAUAAGAAUGACUUCCUCUGGACCUACGCUGAUCACCUGGCAGUUCAAGGUGCGGCGGUACAGGUGAAGGAGGAAACAGGAGAAUCAAACGUAGACGUUCCUGACAAACAGCAGAUGGACGAUGUCAUCGAGCCCAGCAGUAAGCGGAGCCGUGAGGAGGCGGAGCCUAGCUGCAGACUGAAGGGACUGCAAGGGUCCGGUCAGAACAGACUCAGAUCAGGGGCCGUGUUCUGGCCGUCAGCGUGGCGCUCUGAACUCUGCUCCUGCAACACUUGCCAGGAGCGUCUGUCUGAAGCCAACAUGUCCUUCCUAUUGGACGAGACGGACACGGUCCUCGCCUACGAGAAACGAGGAAAGAAAAAUGAACAGAAACAACCAGGACACGACCCACUGAUGUUAGCGCUGGACAACUUGGACCGAGUGCAGCAGCUGGAGAUCAUCCACGGUUACAACGACAUGAAAACUGAACUGAAGGAUUUUCUGCAGAGAUUCGCAGCUGAAGGAAAGGUUGUGACCCCUGAUGACAUCCGUCAGUUCUUCGAGCAGCAGCAGAGUCGCAAGAGACGGCGAGUCGAUGGCGGACCUUACUACUGCACCUGAUGACCUUUGACCGCAAUGAAACGUGUGAUGACAUUAAUCAUUUCCUGUCGAUGAGCUGAUGUUUGUGACUCUCUGGACAUUGAAAAGUUUUUAUCAUGUGAGAAACAGUAAAGUUUAUUUCUCUUUUCUUAUGAAAACUAAUAAAACAACCACAAGACAAAA